AUGACUUCUUGCAGCAAUACCUGUGGGCCCAGGCAAGCGCAGGCUGACACCGAGGGUGGGUACCAGCAGCAGCGCUACGGAGUUCGGUCCUACCUGCAUCAGUUUUAUGAGGACUGCACGGCUUCUAUCUGGGAGUAUGAGGAUGAUUUCCAGAUCCAGAGAUCGCCUAACAGGUGGAGCUCAGUAUUCUGGAAGGUCGGACUCAUCUCAGGCACGGUCUUUGUGAUUCUCGGACUAACUGUCCUGGCAGUGGGCUUUCUUGUGCCCCCUAAAAUCGAAGCUUUUGGUGAAGCUGAUUUCAUGGUGGUGGACAUACAUGCCGUGAAGUACAAUGGCGCCCUGGACACAUGCAAGCUAGCGGGGGCUGUGCUCUUCUGCAUCGGGGGCACAUCCAUGGCAGGUUGCCUGCUGAUGUCUGUGUUUGCCAAGAGCUAUUCCAAAGAAGAAAAGUUCCUUCAGCAGAAGUUUAAAGAGCGAAUCGCAGACAUUAAAGCCCACACCCAGCCCGUCACUAAAGCUCCAGGCCCAGGGGACACCAAGAUCCCUGUCACUUUGUCCAGAGUUCAGAACGUGCAGCCUCUAUCAGCCACUUGA